AUGGAGCGCAAUGGCAUCAACAACGUGACGAAUGUUGCGGCGUGCGGGGAGUGCACGAGGGACGGCGACUGCUUCGAUGCGCUGACGACGGCGUUCAGCGACUGCAAGUGUGAGUGCGCCGGUGGAGGGCACGGCGAGCACUGCCUGCCGCUGGACCUGCCCCGCGUGGGCGGAUACAGCCGUAGUGUGGACAGGUGCAAAAGCAGUGUGGACGGGUGCAACCGCACUGUGGACCGGCAAAACCGCACUGUGGCGUGCCCGGCGCUGGGAGUGACGACGCCGUCGGGCCGCGGCCUGACGCUGGCGGACAUCCGUACAAGCAGCGCGGCGCCGAAGAAGCUGACGGUGGCGCUGCCGCCCGGAUUCCGCUGGGCUCGCGACACCGACCUCCGCCCGUACUUGAGCUUCGCGUUGGCGUCGGUGGCGCAGCCUGAAGGUUUCAGUGGGCAGUGGGGCACGAUGCUGCGCAACGCGACGUGGGAGCGCAACGCGACGAACCCGCACGCCGUGCUGGAGCUAACGUUGCCCGUGGACGAUCGCUACUUUGUUGGGGUGGACGAGAAGAUCGUUCUCCGGUACGUUCCACGCGCGCUGCACGGCGGCUGCAGUGGGAUGCUGCAAGGGGAGUUCACUAUCACUUCGAACACGCCGCCCGGACUGACGCGGGCGCUACUGCUGCUGGAUGGUAUUGGCGCCGGCACGGCUGCAAUGGCUGUGGCGGCCGGGGGCGGCUUCGGCCUUCUCGUGGAUAUGCAGACCUUGGGCGUGUUCGCGAUGAUGAAGUGCACCCCCGCGUGGGAGCGUGGGGGCCUUGCGCUGCUGCCGUACUUUUUGUCCGUCUUUGCCGGCCUUGGUCCGCUGUGGAUGGUCGCGGGCAACGCGCUGAUCGUCGCGGCGUUUGCGUGCGUGCACUACGCGGCGACUGUGGCGUACCGGCGGUGCCGUGGCACGGAUGCGACGAGUGCGUGGGCGGCGAUGCGCUUCCCGGGCCUGACGUACGUCGUGGCGUACGUCAUGCACCCCGGCAUCUGCAUCUGCUCCGUCUUCAUUUUGGCGAUGCCCGACGCCCAGCUGCAGCACUACGUGGUCGGAUCCAUCGGCGUCCUCUACGGCCUGGCGUUUCCAGCUGGCGUCUGCCUUUUCCUCACGCGGCGCUGCCAGGCGGACUUUACGGAGUACACGGCCUUCUCAACGCGGCCGCUUCUCGUGCGUUGGCUGUACCCCGUCGGCUACUGGGGCCCGCCAGUGCAGCAGCAGAUGUACGGCGGCGUCUUGGCGCAGGUGAGGGGAGGAGGUGCGCACAGGUGCGUCUUUGAGCUGUCGCUGUUGUGUCUCGUCGGCGCGCUGGCGGCGCUGCAGCCGCCGGUGGAGAAGUGCUCUCACCUGUACUUCUGCAUGGCGACGGUUCUGCUCCUGGGGGCGGGUGUGCUGCUGUACGCAAACAUGAUGCGUUCCCUCUUCCUGACGGUGAUGCACACUGCAGGCCUUGCACUGCUUGGCGCGCUGUGCCUCACCAACGCGGCGGGCUAUCUCUUGCCGGGCGACGGCUGGGUGCGGGCACACGCGGUGAUCGUGCUGCUGCUGCUGUGCGUGCUGCUUGCGGUCACGACGUACAACCUGGCGCUCUGGUAUGUGGAAAGUCGGAACUGGCGUCACCUGCGCGAGCGGCAGAAGGUCAUGGACACCAGCUCGACCGGCAGCGAUCACACGGAGAAGGAAAAGAACAACGGCGACGAGGCCGCUUCCCCGGUGGGGUCGGCCGCGUGA